AUGGAUAAGCUCAUCAACGCUGCCAAGGAUUACCUUGAUGAUGACAAGGACAAGCGUCAAGACCAGUCUCAACAAGGUCACGGACAGCAGCAAGGCUACGGCGGAGGUCAACAACAGGGUUAUGGCCAACAGCAAGGCUACGGCCAGGAAGGCGGCUAUGGCCAACAGCAGGGAGGCCAAUAUGGACAGCAGCAGCAACAGUACCCCCCUGCUGGUGGCAUCCAGGCUCAAGGUAGUGGUGGGUUCGGAGGCUUCCUCGGCGGAGACGUCGACUUUGACAACGCCAAGGAAGAGGCACACCAGAAGGCCGGAUCAUCUGGCGACAAGGACCUCUUUGGCAGCAUUCUAGGUGCUCUCGGACAGAAGAAGAACAAGCUCGCUGACGAGGAUCUUGAUGAAGAAGAUGCCAUCAAGCAGCACAAGAGCACCUACGACAACGACGAGCCCCAGCAGGACAGCAAGAGUCUCGGUACGGCCGCUGCUAUGCAAGCCCUCAAGAUGUACACACAAGGCUCAAGCCAGAGUAGCGCUGGCGGCAACAGCCAGACUGCAUUCCUUGGUCUUGCCUUGGCCGAGGCCAGUAAGCUAUUUGACAACAAGGCUGCGAACGGCAAGGUAGCGGAUGGAACCAGCAAGGAGGGUGUUAUCCAGCAGGCUGGUGAGGUCGCUCUGAAGAUGUACUUCAAGCAACAGGCAGGUGCCGGUGGACAGGGUGGUGGCGCUGGAGGUCUCAUGAGCCUUGCUUCCAAGUUCCUGUCAAAGUAA